AUGCGCUCCCGUAUCUGGAUAUCAAUACCCUUCCUAGCGACUUUACUCCUGAUUGAUGCUGGAGUUCCCCAUUCACGCCUGUUAGCAAGAGGGCCCCAUGAUAUCAAGGAAGUUAGCAGCAGCCCUCGGGCUGAGCAACAACAUCAAGCCAGCAAGAAGUGGAUCGAGGAGAUAUUGAAACAUGACGGUCCAACUGCACAUGUUAACCUUCGUCGAGGGGGAAGUGGGCGCAAAGGAAAUAACCGCAAUAGUGCACUGGAUAAAGCAGUCACUGACGUAACCACCGGGUUUGGUGAUCUAUCGAUUGGCCCAGGGGCUGCACGAGAUCCUGCGGAUCGAAUCCCUUCACCGACAAAAGAUAACAAGGAGCCACAAGCUUACGACGCGGACUUUUAUCCUCGUAUGGGUAAAGCAGAGCAAGUAUGGCUGGACAGAGUAAUAAAAGAACGCCAGCCAGAUCUAGUCUCACGGCGCUACCAAGAGAUGUAUGAGCAGGACACAAUGACUCAAAAUAUCAAGUAUUCAACUGAAGGCUUCAAGUCAGUGAUGGGACAUGAUACGAUCACCGUUGAAACGAGGGUCCUCGGUAGUAAAACUCAGACGAUAAAGACCCUCAAAGUGUUUGAAAACGGUUAUAGCAAGGAUCAGGGAACAAUAAUUGCAAUACGCAAUAUUAAAGAAAACGAAGGGAGGAAAGGAGAGGGUAUGUCAUGGUCUGAAGUGACAUGGCAGCAAUGGUCCGAGGUCGCAGGCGCAAACCGGGGUAAUCUUCAACGGAUCAUGAGGGACACCGUUACCAACAGAAACACCAAGAAAGCGAUGGAACAGGUAUAUAAGGAUAUGGGAUGGGAGUAUACCCAUGGUGUGGACAAGAAAAUCACACCCCAUGGCAGCGAACAGAUGCAAAAGUCAUUUGACACCCUGUCCGGCACAGCAAACGGAAGAGGUGUUUUUCAGCUUCUCGGGGAGAAUCGAGGGGCGUUGGGUGACGCCAGGGUGCUUGAGUGGCAUAUUCUUCCAAGCGGGCCACAUUUGAUGGCGAUUGUUGGAAAAGAUAAGACUUAG